UCUGUUUCUCUUUCCUACUCCACUCCCUGGAGGUGUACCAAACCCGAUCAACAUCAGGAUUGAAGAAUGGAAGAAAGGUUUUCGAGUGAAGAUGAAGGUAUUUGAUACCAAUUCCUACUACAACCCGGAAAUACUAGUCGAUGUCUACGGGGACAACUUUCAUAUGCAGCCAGGCAGGACUCCAUCGCGAGCUCGUAAGCACAGAAGGACUCUUAGUGGGGAAGGAUCUUCACAGAUCAUCGUAAAUAUCAAACUAUACUGCGAUUCUCAUUUCUAUGGUCCCGAAUGCUCUGUCUAUUGCAAACCACGAGGAGAUGGAAUUGACCACUUCUACUGCGACCCACUAACAGGCGAUAUCAUUUGCCAUGCUGGUUAUACUGGGGAUAGGUGUGCAGAGGAAAUCGACGAGUGUGCUUCGUUGCCGUGUCAAAAUAAUGGUACAUGCCACGACGUAGUGAACGGAUUUUGGUGUACAUGUCAAGAGGGUAUAGCGGGUAAUAUGUGUCAAACCAACCCCGAUGACUGUCAAGUAAACGAAUGCAGGAAUGGAGCGUCCUGUAUUGAUGGAUAUGCCACUUAUACCUGCAUGUGUCCUCCAGGAUUCAGUGGGACUUACUGUGAGUUCAACAUCAACGAAUGUGCCAGCUAUCCCUGUCAGAACAACGCGGUAUGUUCCGACGGUAUAAAUGGAUAUGUCUGUCUGUGUAUACCUGGAUUUACUGGCACUCACUGUGAGACGAACAUCGACGAAUGUGCAAGUGAUCCUUGUUACAAUGGUGCGUCUUGCAUAGACAGAAUUAACAAAUAUAAGUGUAGAUGCAUCAAAGGCUACGAAGGAGAAUAUUGCGAAGUUAAUAUCAACGAAUGUGUCAGUGAUCCGUGUCAAAAUGGAGCGAUUUGUAUCGAUGCAGUCAAUGGUUUCCAAUGUAUCUGUAAGCCUGGAUACCAAGGGAAAUUUUGUCAGGUAAACACAGAUGAAUGUAAAAGCAAUCCGUGUUUGAAUAGAGGUGAAUGCGUAGAUGGUGUCAAUGGUUACAACUGCAGUUGUACUCCUGGAUACACUGGAAUUCACUGCGAGAUUAACAUUGACGAAUGUGCAAGUAACCCUUGUCUUCAUGACAGCAUUUGCAACGACCUGGUCAAUGGAUAUCGCUGUAAUUGCCUCCCUGGAUAUGAAGGUGCAGAAUGUCACAUUGAAAUCGAUGAAUGUCAGAGUAACCCUUGCCAAAAUGAAGCACCGUGUGUCGAUGUUGUUGCUGGUUAUCAAUGCGUAUGCCUGCCUGGUUACGAAGGUUCUGAAUGUGAGACAGAUAUCAACGAAUGUAACAGUUAUCCAUGCCAGAAUGACGGCACGUGUCUUGAUGGAAUCAAUGGAUACGCCUGUCAAUGUGGAGAUGGAUUCGAAGGAAUUCAUUGUGAAAUAAAUAUCGAUGAAUGUGAAAGUUCACCAUGUCUGAACCAAGGAACAUGCGACGAUGGCAUAAACAGUUACACCUGUAUCUGUAAGCCCGGAUUUACAGGGAUUGAAUGUGAAAUAGAUAUUGACGAAUGUGUGAGUGCUCCUUGCCAAAACGAUGCUUCAUGUAUUGACGGAAUAAAUAGUUAUAUCUGUAAGUGUACACCUGGAUAUGAAGGUAACUACUGUGAAAUCAAUAUCGAUGAGUGUGCUUCACUUCCUUGUCUGAAUGGAGCGACAUGCAUGGAUGGAGUGGAUGGAUAUGUAUGCAGUUGUAGUCCAGGAUACACUGAUGUUAACUGCAAUUUGGAAAUAAACGAAUGCAUAAGUAUAGUUUGUCAAAAUGGCGGAGAAUGCGUUGAUUAUAUCAACAAGUAUGAAUGUGUUUGCUUGCUUGGAUAUAGUGGCUUACAAUGUGAGAUAAACAUAAACGAAUGUGAAAGUAGACCUUGUCAAAAUGGAGCAACUUGCAAAGACCGCAUCAAUGGAUAUCAAUGUAAAUGCUUACCAGGAUACAAAGGGUGGAACUGUGAAAUUGAAACCGACGAAUGUUCUAGUUCACCAUGUGAAAAUGAAGCUUCGUGUGUUGAUGAAGUAAAUGGAUAUACAUGUAUUUGCCUCCGUGGAUACGAUGGUGUCCAUUGUCAAACUGAUAUUGAUGAGUGUUCGAGCAACCCCUGUCAAAACGAUGCGCUCUGUGUCGACAAAAUCAACCAAUAUCGUUGCAAAUGUAAAGCAGGGUACAAAGGGGUAAACUGUGAAAAUGACAUAGAUGAAUGCUUAAGUAACCCAUGUGACAAUGGUGGUCUCUGUGUUGACAUUAUUAAUGGAUACCAUUGUCAAUGUAUACCAGGUUUCACAGGGACAAACUGUGAAACUAACAUUGACGAGUGUGAAAGUUCCCCUUGUGAAAAUGGAGGAUCUUGUAAUGACGGUAUCAAUCGGUUUGAAUGCAGUUGCUUACCAGGAUACAAUGGGCAAGUGUGUGCAACUGAUAUUAAUGAAUGCGCAAGUGGUCCAUGUUUAAAUAAUGGCACAUGUGAGGAUGGGGUUAAUGGCUACUUCUGCCUAUGCAUUCCUGGAUUUGAGGGUACACACUGUGAAAUAAACGUUGAUGAGUGCCAUUCUGAUCCCUGCGAUAAUGGUGGAUUUUGUAUGGAUGGCAUCAAUGGUUAUAUAUGUACAUGUUCUCCUGGAUACGAAGGGACACAGUGUGAAAUUAAUAUUGACGAAUGUGGAAGCGCUCCUUGCUUCAAUGGGGCCGAAUGUAUUGAUCGUAUUGAUAGAUACAAAUGUAGGUGUCGGCCGGGAUAUGAGGGUACACAUUGUGAAGUGGAUAUAAAUGAAUGUGAUAGCGAUCCAUGUUUGAAUGGAGCAUCGUGUCAAGAUCAAAUCAAUCGAUUUGAAUGCGUAUGUAUCCUUGGGUUUGAGGGAGUAACAUGUGAAACAGACAUAGAUGAAUGUAGUAGCUCACCCUGUCAGAAUAACGCUACGUGUGAGGACCACAUCAAUCACUACACCUGUCACUGUCUGCCAGGUUUUGACAAUAUGCAAUGCCAGACAGACAUUGACGAAUGUUCGAGUAGCCCUUGCGAACAUGGAUCAACGUGUGAGGAUCUCAUAAACGGUUAUCUUUGUCACUGCCUUUCCGGAUAUGAAGAAAUCCAUUGCGAAAUUGAAAUAGACGAGUGCCAAAGUAAUCCUUGCCUGAAUGGAGCAACCUGCAUUGACAAAAUCAACAAGUAUAGGUGUAAUUGCCUGCCAGGUUACGUAGGUGUUCAUUGUGAAGAAAACGUUAACGAAUGUGAAAGUAUUCCUUGCCAGAAUGAAGGAUUGUGUGAAGACCUCGUUAAUCAUUUCAAUUGUAAUUGCCAACCAGGAUUCAAUGGGAUAGUUUGUGAGAUGAAUAUUCAAGAAUGCGACAGCAGUCCAUGUUUAAACAAUGCCACAUGUAUGGAUGAUAUCGAUGGAUAUCAUUGUGAUUGCCAACACGGUUUUGAAGGAGUCCAUUGUGAGGUAAACAUUGACGAAUGUGGAUCUGAUCCUUGUCGGAAUGGAGGCGUCUGUUCUGACAAGACAAACCAUUACAUCUGCAACUGUACUCCAGGAUACGUUGGAAGUCAAUGUGAACUCGAAGUUGAUGAAUGCGAGAGCUCUCCUUGCCAAAAUGGUGCGAGCUGCAUUGAUCGAGUGAAUAAAUAUAGAUGUAGAUGUUUAGAUGGAUUUGAUGGUGCUCACUGCGAAAUUAACAUAGACGAAUGUGAGAGCAAUCCAUGUUAUAAUAGCGGCACGUGCAUUGAUGGAAUAAAUGAAUUUCACUGCUCUUGUGUGAUAGGAUUUGCUGGAGUAACUUGUGAAACGAAUAUCAACGAAUGUGCAAGCGACCCAUGCUUUAAUGACGGAACAUGUGUAGACCAAGUUGCUGGAUAUAUAUGCGAAUGCCUUGAUGGAUUCAGUGGACGUCACUGUAAUAAUGACAUAGACGAAUGUGAGAGUAAUCCAUGUUUAAACAAUGCAACAUGCAUCGAUCAAGUGGAUGGGUAUGAGUGUCAAUGUUUGCAAGGUUUUGAGGGCAUGCACUGCGGGAUUGACAUCGACGAGUGUACCUCAUCACCAUGUAGAAAUGGAGCUGCCUGUGUAGAUAUGAUAAAUGGUUACAGAUGUGAAUGUCUAUCUGGAUAUGAAGGAAUUCAUUGUGGGAUAAAUACAGAUGAGUGCGAAAGCAAUCCUUGUCAAAAUGAGGCAACCUGUGUUGAUAGAGUGAACAAAUACAAGUGUACAUGUCAAGAAGGUUUUCAAGGAAAUCAAUGUGAAAUUGAUAUCAACGAGUGCAGUAGUGAUCCUUGUAGCAAUGGUGCAACUUGCCAGGACAGAAUCAAUGCAUACUUCUGCGAGUGCAAUCCUGGAUUUGCAGGAAUUAAUUGUGAAACAGACAUCAACGAAUGCGAAAGCAGACCUUGUGAAAACGGUGCGACAUGUGUGGACAAAGUGAAUGGAUAUUAUUGUAGUUGUGACCUUGGUUAUGAUGGCAUUCUUUGUGAAAAUAAUAUCGAUGAAUGUGGAAGUAACCCGUGUUUGAAUGGUGCUAGAUGUCACGACGAGAUAAAUGGAUUUAUGUGCCAAUGUACAGAUGGUUAUCAUGGCGUCUUUUGUGAGACCAACAUAGAUGAGUGUGCAAGUCUACCGUGUAAGAAUAACGGAAAAUGUAAAGACAAAAUAAAUGGUUAUAUCUGUAAAUGCCAAAAAGGGUUUGAAGGAUUGCACUGUGAGAAUGACAUUGACGAGUGCUCCAGCUCCCCGUGCAUGAAUUCAGCAACUUGUGUAGACCUGAUUGCUGGAUACGAAUGUGAAUGCAGCCCUGGAUACAUAGAUAUCCAUUGUGAAACAGACAUUGAUGAAUGCGUCAGUUUACCUUGUGAAAAUGGAGCUACCUGUUGGGAUGAUGUUAAUGGAUACACCUGUUUAUGUAUGCCCGGUUACCAAGGAGUCGAUUGUGAAGAAGAUAUUAAUGAAUGUGGCAGUGAACCUUGUCAGAACAAUGCUACAUGCGUGGAUAAAGUUGACAGAUAUAAAUGUAUUUGCAUUCCCGGUUUUCGUGGAAAAGAGUGCCAAACAAACUUCGACGAGUGUACCAGCAAUCCCUGUUUAAAUGGCGGACAGUGCGAAGAUGGUGUGAACGAUUAUCUAUGCCAUUGCACACCGGGAUAUACUGGUGACUUGUGUGAAAUUAAUAUUGAUGAAUGUCAAUCAAUACCGUGUCAAAAUGACGCUCGCUGUAUCGACCAAAUUAACGGAUUUACAUGUGAUUGCAAAGAUGGCUACGACGAUACUCUAUGCUCAACAGAUAUCGAUGAAUGUUCCAGUCAGCCUUGUUUGAACAAUGGAAGUUGCACUGACAUGAUAAAUCGAUUCAAAUGCAUUUGUAUACCAGGAUUCGAUGGGGCACUUUGUGGACAAAACAUAAAUGAAUGUAGAAGUAACCCAUGUUUUAAUAAUGGAGAGUGUGUUGACGACAUAAAUAUGUAUUUCUGUCGAUGCACUCCUGGAUUUGAAGGAAUACAAUGCGAACUUGAAAUUGAUGAAUGUUCAAGCAAUCCUUGUCGAAAUGAUGCCCGCUGCCACGACAAUAUUAACAGAUACAGCUGUGAAUGUGUACCAGGUUAUGAAGGAACCCACUGUGAAAUUGACAUAGAUGAAUGCUUGAGUGACCCGUGUGAGCAUGGUGGGACUUGCAGAGACAUGACAAACGAAUACCAGUGUCUGUGCCGAGCAGGAUACAAUGGGGAAAACUGUGAGAAUAACAUUAAUGAAUGUUACAGUGAGCCUUGUUUUAAUAACGGCACCUGCUCGGACAAAGUCAACAGAUACAGAUGCCUAUGCCUGGACGGAUUUGAUGGUGUUCACUGUGAAGUUAAUAUCGACGAGUGCGCCAGCGAUCCCUGUAUGAAUGCUGCUUCAUGUUUUGACCAGAUUGAUAGUUAUCAGUGUCUUUGUCAACCCGGAUUUACGGGCGUUCAAUGCGAAAUUGAAAUCAACGAAUGCAGUAGCUACCCAUGUCAAAACAAAGCAGAAUGCAUAGAUUUCAUAAACAGAUAUGAAUGCCGAUGUAAACCAGGAUAUGAAGGAAUUCACUGCGAAAUAGAAAUUAAUGAAUGUAUCAGCAGUCCGUGUUUGAAUGAUGCUACAUGUAUUGAUAAAGUUAAUCGCUUCAGGUGUUCCUGUCUUCCUGGAUAUGAAGGUGUGCUGUGUGAGACUAAUACAGAUGAAUGUCAGAGCUCUCCUUGCCAUAAUGAAGCGAGAUGUCAGGACCGAAUUAACGGAUAUAUAUGCAUAUGCCCGUAUGGAUUUGAUGGUGCCCAGUGCCAAGUUGAUAUUAACGAAUGUGAAAGUUUCCCUUGUCACAAUGGUGGAAUUUGCCUGGACAGAGUCAAUGGAUACGAGUGCCAGUGUGCUGCUGGUUUUAGGGGAGUGGAAUGUAAAAUAGAUAUCAAUGAAUGUUCUAGUAGCCCUUGCCAACAUAACUCUGAAUGCGUAGAUCGAAUCAAUGGAUAUAGUUGCUCAUGUAAUCAAGGAACUGAAGGUGUACAUUGUGAGAUUGACAUCGAUGAAUGUGCAAGUCAGCCGUGUCAAAAUGGAGCCGAGUGUAAGGAUGGAAUGAAUGGCUAUCAAUGUCAAUGUCAAAUUGGAUACCAAGGUGUUUACUGCGAUGUCAACAUAGACGAAUGCGUGAGCUCCCCUUGUCAUAAUUUGGCAUCAUGUAUAGACUUAGUGAAUGGAUAUUCCUGUGAUUGCAUACCAGGAUUUUCCGGACCACAUUGUGAGAUAAAUAUCGACGAAUGUGUAAGUGAGCCGUGUGCUAAUGGGGGCAGUUGCAGGGAUCAAAUCAAUGGAUAUAUCUGUGGCUGCCUUUCGGGUUAUGAUGGUAACCACUGUGGACAUGACAUCGAUGAAUGUGCAAGCUCACCUUGUCAGAACGGGGCAAACUGUUUAGACCACAUCGAUCAAUACAUAUGCCAGUGUUUGGAUGGAUUCAUGGGAACCAACUGCCAAGUUGAUAUCAACGAAUGUGCUAGCUUCCCUUGUGUGAAUGAUGGGACGUGUUUUGACAAAGUGAAUGGAUACCUUUGUUCCUGUGCUGCAGGGUUUGAGGGAUUCCAGUGUCAGGUGAAUACUAAUGAAUGUGAAAGUUCUCCUUGUCUUAAUGGAGGAAACUGCGUUGACCAGAUCGAUGGAUUCUUUUGCCGAUGUGAAGCAGGAUAUGGAGGAGUAAUCUGUGAAAUCAAUAUCGACGAAUGUGCUAGUAACCCAUGUAAAUUUGCAUCUACCUGUCGAGACGAAAUCGAUGGAUAUGGAUGCGAAUGUCUUCCGGGGUAUUAUGGUGUGCAUUGCCAAUUUGAGGAAUAUGAGUGUGAGAGUAGACCGUGUGGUCAUGGUGGACAAUGCAUUGACGAGGUAAAUGGAUUCACUUGUGAAUGUGCUGCUGGAUACCAAGGCGUUACUUGUGAAUUUGAUAUUGAUGAAUGCAACAGUCAUCCAUGUCAAAAUGACGGAACUUGUAUUGAUAGGAUUAAUGAGUAUGACUGCCAAUGUGUCGAUGGGUUUGGUGGUACCGAAUGUCAGAUAGACAUCGACGAAUGUGCUAGUAUUCCCUGUCAGCAUAACGGUGCAUGUCACGACCAUAUAAAUGGCUAUAGAUGUACUUGCAUGGUGGGUUUUGAGGGAGAUCAUUGUCAAACGAAUAUCAACGAAUGUGAAAGCAAUCCUUGCUCGAGCUAUGGAAGGUGCAUAGAUAGAAUAGAUGGCUAUCGCUGCAGAUGUCGUCCAGGUUUUAUGGGUGCUCAUUGUGAAAUUGAUAUCGACGAAUGUCAGAGUGACCCUUGCUACCACGGUAGCAGAUGUGUUGAUGGCUUAAACGGAUACACUUGUCAAUGCAGAUCCGGUUACCAAGGACCACGCUGUCGAGAUGAAAUUGAUGAAUGUAUCAGUAAUCCAUGCAUAAACGGUAUUUGCCUCGACAGAUUAAAUGGGUACCGUUGUCAUUGCAUUAAAGGAUUUUAUGGAAAAAAUUGUGCGAUAAAUCGUGACGAAUGCAUCAGUAACCCCUGUCUGAAUGGUGCGACUUGCCAAGAUGCAAUCAAUGACUAUAACUGCGAAUGUCCCUUGGGAUAUGAAGGAAAACACUGCGAAAUUAUUAUCGAUGAAUGUCGGAGUAACCCUUGUCAAAAUGGUGCAACCUGUGUGGAUGGAUUUAAAGAAUAUACGUGUGAAUGCGUUCUUGGUUUUGAAGGAAUCAACUGCAAAGUGAAUAUUAAUGAUUGCGCUAGUGCCCCUUGUCAAAAUCGAGCUACUUGCCUGGAUGGAAUCAACAGUUACGAAUGCCAAUGUGUUCCUGGCUAUAAAGGAGAACACUGUGAAUUCGAAAUCAAUGAAUGCGACAGCCAUCCUUGCAAAAAUGACGGAACUUGCCUGAACGGAGUGAACAGUUUCUAUUGCUAUUGCCCACCCGGCUUUGAAGGUUGGUUAUGUGAGGUACAGAUAGACGAAUGCGAAAGUAGUCCUUGUCUACAUGGUGGAAGUUGUGUUGAUGGUACUGCAGAAUUCAGCUGUCAUUGUGAAGAGGGAUUCUCGGGUAUCAGAUGUGAGACUGUUCUUAAUCAAUGCAAGCUUCAUCCAUGCUAUGGCAACGCUACCUGCAUCACAAUACAUGACGAUUUCAGGUGUCUUUGCCCACCUCGAUAUUCUGGUCUGGGUUGUGACGAUUAUGAUGAGGAAGGUUGUGGAUCGACAAAGUGCUUCAACGGCCAAUGUAUUAUCGAUGGGGUAACCGAUAAUGGCAUCAAAUACAACUGUAAAUGCAACAACGGGUUCAUCGGAACUGAAUGUCAGACGUAUUUACUGAACGUCACAGCUAGCGUGCUAAUUGAGGAAAAGCACUCACAACUGAGCGGUCUUGAGCACAAGAUGAAGGAAGUGCUAAUGGAAGCCAUGGAGAAGACAGAUGACAUCCAUAAUUGUUCCAAUGUGGACAUCGCCAUUAUAGAUACUACGACGGGCAAUGGAGCCUUAUCGGGUAUGGAAUUUACGAACGUAACAAUCUACGCAAUGCUGGAUGAUAAGCCUGCCGAUCGCGAUUCUCUAUCACAUAUGUUAAGAGCUCUCCCUCCAGCCAAAGUCAACAAACUCAUCCAUCCAUAUCGACUCUUUGUCGACAGGCAAAUGCCACCUGAAGUACAUACAGAUAUCACUGUAAAUGAUGAAAAGAAGAAGAAGAAGAAGUCCUGGGGACAUCGGCAUUGGUACGUUUUCUUAAUUGCCAUCGUCAUCCUCAUUGGAAUUGCAUCAGCAGCGGUGUACAUCGUUAGGAGGCAGCGGAAAGCUGAAAUUCCACCCGACUAAGGGGUGAUUCAACUUCCAGGAGAAGGAAAAGAAGUGAGCCUAACUUACUGAAACUCUCUGGAAACACAAUUUGAUGAGACACUUUACUGGCUGUGCCAAUUAUAAAAACUGGAGGGAAAUGUGAAUUAGUGUCACUGGACCUACCGUCAUUUAUGGAUAAUUUGACUACGAAUUUAUAUAACUUGAUGGCUCUUCCGCAUCUAAAUGGAUUAUCUUCAACGUCCACAUGGUCAGAUAUAAUGCGGACAUCAAUUGAGAAAAUUGAAGUCAGCGACUCGUUAUUAAUUACAAUGCAUAUUUUUAAAUAAGUAAUAAAUAAGUAUUAUACUAUAUGCUUUAUAUUACAAGUAUUUUAUAUUCUAUUAACAAACGUGCACCCAUGCAUACUUUUUAAAGAUUGCAGCAGGCUGUCCUGUUAACCGAAAAAAUGGUUUGUUCUUGUAAUUUUAUUUUUAGCAGAAACACAAUAAGAAGAUGUGAUAUCACAUAAAUAAAUAGAAUAAGUUACUUAUAAUGAUACUGACUGAUGGAUAGGAACGCCUGAAAACGUACAGAAUUGUCUCCCUGUGGACGUAUUGACCCGUAUUCUGAAGUCAGGUUUAACUUAGACUCAGGUUUAAAGUUGUGGUUUAAGUAUGGGAUGCCAAAAGUACCAAAUUUUUUUAUUAAGUUGUACGUUUCUUAUGUUUACUGUGCUCUUUCCUGAUUCAUCGAUGGUGAAGACAAUAAUCUAUAUAAUACUUCCUAGACAAUUAUGAAUGAUUUGAGAGCCAAAUGAGCUGAAAUAUGAUAUCUCUACCGUUAGUGAUUUAUGUAACAAUUGGCUGUCCAUACUUAAACCACAACUUUAAACCUGAGUUUAAGUUAAACCCGACUUCAGAAUACGGGCCAUUGUGUUUAAUAUGCGAAUAAAGGUUGUAUAUGUAUGCACAUACAUUUCAUAUUUCAUCUUUUUUUUUACUCACAUUGAUUUAUCGAAGCUAUUUGAAAAAUUAUUUUCGAUUCCAUGUGUUAUCCUUUAUAGCUUGACGAUGGCAGUUUUAUAUGUAUAUGAAUAUAUAUAUAUAUAUAUAUGAGAAUAAAAUUCUUAUUAGCAUUUCAUUCGGCUUCUUCAAAGACCCCCCCCCCCAUCGGUCGAUGAGAAAGAAACACAAUAAGAUAAGCACGAGUAUACACAUGGCCGAGCCCCUAUUAUAUACCCUUUCUUUUUAUUUUAAAUAUGAAUCAAACUAUGAAUCCCCUCAUGAUAAUACACCAGCUGCGCCAGCCACUGAUUGCGAAACAGUCGAAUAUGCUUUUACAAUUUACAUGAUUUAUAACUACAUCAGACUCUCAAGGAAGUACAUGAACUCGACAAUCUUUACUACUGUGGUGUUCAAUAACAAGUCUUAAUUUUCUCGCAAUUCCAUUUUUGUCUUUCAUGAAUGUACCACAGUC